AUGGCCGUGUCGGACUACUGCAAUUCUCCCGAGUCGGAGCCUAAGCGUCCCAAUGAGACGGUUGAUGAACAUCCACCGCUGACGGCGGUGGAAGAAAAGGCGAUUCUCCGUCGAAUAGACCUCUGUCUGCUCCCUCUGAUGUUUGUCUCGUACCUGCUACAGUAUCUGGACAAAACCGCAAUGUCGUAUACCUCCAUCCUUGGAUUGUUGCCUGGAACGCACAUGAACACCGACCAGUACUCUUGGGCCUCUAGUGCGUUCUACUUCGGCUACAUGGUAGCAUCCUAUCCCGUAUCCAUCGGAUUUGUUAAGUUUCCAAUCGGGAAGUAUCUGUCAAUAAUGAUGAUCAUCUGGGCAAUCAUCUUAACAUGCCAUGCGGCUGCCUCUAGCUUCGCAGGCAUAACAACCCUGCGUGUACUACUUGGCGUCUUUGAAAGCGCCAUCAGCCCGGGCUUCACCAUCGUGGUAGGCAUGUGGUACACGCCCUCCGAGCACGCUCUAAGAAGCUGCAUCUGGUUUGCUGGUAACGGCGUUGCAUCGAUCUUCGGAGGAGUUCUCUCGUACGCAAUCGGCCAUGUCCACAACCGCCUGGGUCCAUGGCAGUGGGUAUUCAUCAUAUUUGGCAUCAUCACCCUCGUCUGGUCGAUCUUCCAAUUCUUCGCCCUACCUGACUCGCCAUUGAACGCCAAAUUCCUGUCCCCCUCGCAGCGCGGGCCAGCCUACCGCCGCGCCCAAGCCUGCCAGCAAACCUACCAAAGCCGCGAAUGGAAGAAAGACCAGUUUAUCGAAGCCCUGAUUGAUCCUAAAACCUGGUUCCUCUUCACCUACAACUUUCUGGUUUCCCUCCCCAACGGUGGGAUCACGAACUUCUCAAGUCUAGUAAUCGCUUCCUUCGGCUUUGACACCUUCAACACCCUCCUCUACACCAUCCCCAUGGCAGCAGUAGCCUGCCUCAUCGGCAUCCUCCUCAUGCGCCAACUGCCAGUCGAGAAGAAAUGGGGCCGGCUGGUAGGCGUCUGGCUGGUCACGGUGUUUGGCGCCGGAUUCCCCCUCAGCCUUAGUCUGGUCUCGAGUAAUUUCGCUGGCUUCACGAAGAAGACUACCGUCACGGCGAUCUUGUUUAUCGGGUAUUGUGUGGGGAAUAUUGCUGGCCCGCAGCUUUUUAAGAAGAAUCAGGCGCCGCAUUAUUAUUCUGCGUUUGCGGCUAUUUUGGCCUGUUUUUGUAUUGCUGUUCUUGAUGUGGCUUUGCUGCGCGCGUAUAUGGUCUGGGAGAAUAAGAGGAGGGAUCGCAACCAGGGUCGUGUUAUUGAGCCUGAGACUAAGGAAGCAGAGGAUUCGGAGGCGUCUACUGCUAGGAGGCAGGUGGGUGAUGUGUCGGAUUGGCAGAAUCAGAGCUUUCGGUUCUGUUUGUAA